AUGACCUUGACUGUCGGCGAGGUCUCCGGCUUGAUCGCCGCGGGCGUCUUCGUCCUCCAGGUGCUGCUUCCCUUGGUGAUUCCCUUUCUCCUGAUUGCGUUCCUCACGGACGUGAACUCCGUCUUGACAUGGUACCACCUGAUAUGCGAAACAUGGGCGUCUCUCGGACGGUAUUUGCAAUCGUCCCUCUGGCCGGGCAUCCUGGGCACCAGCACGGCGGCCUCAGACGGCGUCCAAGGACGAGUUUUCUACACGCAAUGGGUACAGACCGCCGUCCUGGCGGUACUCUCGAUCGCGUCGAUUUGUACGCCUCUAGGCCUUCAUGAUACGGUCGAGCUGUCCUCGAGCCAGACUGCGCAGCCAUUCGGCUACGUUGUCGAUUCUUCACCGUUUGGUGCCGGCACGCCGAUGCGGAGCACCGCGCCGUUCACACGCUCUUGCGGCGACCAGGCAUGUCCGGGCCAGAGCUUCACGCAAACCUGCCAUCAGGAAGGUCUCCUCCAGUACUGCAACUACACCUCCUAUGAAAGCCGCAUGCCCGGCGACCUACUGAAGCUGUUCAACGACGGAGCGUCUGCCCUCAGUCCCACCGUCUCCAGCAUCUUCGACAUGCAGUACCGGAACUAUAUCAACGGCUCGGUGCGCAACAGCAAGCUGGGCUGGUACGCCAUGCCCACCUAUCGCCAUAUUUCCAUGCUGUUGACCGAGGGCCAGGACAUUCGCGUUGUGGAGGGCCUCAUCGUCGACGAGAAACAGCGUGGCAUCGGGUUCCGCAACCACACCGCGCCGAUGGCCGCGCUGCCCUACGGCUCCAGCUGGUCCGAGGAUAUCCUGUUCAUCGAGCCCGAGACGCAGUGCGUGCCGCUCAACCUGACCAUCGACUUCGAGCGCCCCAACAACUACGAGGUCCUCUACAACACCAUCAACACAGUCCUCACUGACCGCGGUGGGUUCUCGAAUCUGUCGCGCACCGCUCCAAACCUCACCGUCGUCGAGAACGGCCAGGUGUUUGACCUGCGCGAGCGCGCAUACAAGGCCGCCUGGCUGAACAACUUCCUCACCAUGGCGUACUACAACGCGACGGACCGCGACCCGUCCAACAUCCAGCGCAUGGACGUGCGCCCCGGCCAGACCUUCGACCUGCCCAAGACCGCCACCAACCUCUCCAUCGGAUACUGGAACAUCCGCACGUCCAUCGACCUUGGCGAGUACCUCGACUUCACGGCCAACGCCUCCACCAACCCGCAAGCCGUCUCCAUGGAGGACUUCCUCUACGCAGCAACCCUCUGCGGCGGCUCCACCGCCAGCAGCGCCCCCAACAUCAACAACACCCUCAUCGCCUGCAGCCUCGUCUACGGCGCCGCCUCCCGCACCGACGGCGGCUCCGACCUCCUCGUCGACCCGGGGUCCAAGUGGUCCAUGCCACUGUACACCUGCGCCACGGCCAUCAAAGCCGCCGUCAAGACCGUCACCUUCCGCUACAACGGCACCGGCCUGCACGCCCUCACCGUGCAGUCCAUCCACGACAAGCAAUACGGCGCCGCCACCGUUCCGCCGCCGCUUUGGGGUGUCGAAUCCAUCCACGAUCAAACCAUGAGCACCGCACGCCCAACCUGGGGCAUCCUCGGCCCCAGCAACGCCACCGCCGACGCCGCGACCACCGCCCUCCUGUCCACCUUCAACAUCACCACCGUCGCCCGCGACCAGCUCUACCUCCCAGGCUACAUCGACGCCACGUCCCCGCUCCGCGGCCGCGACCCCGUCCCCGUCCUGGAGGGCCAGAACCUCCCAGGCGUCGAUUUCUACACACAGAUCCUCCUCCGCGCCCUCAGCGUGCACCAGCAGCCCUCCACGCCCUACGGCGACUACUCCGGCUUCACCAGCAUGGCGCUGUACACGAAAUGGCAGGAACUGUCCGCGUCCGCAUCCGGCACAGCCUCCAUGAUCGACCUCAUCUGGACCGACCUCGCAGCCAAUACGGUCGUCGGCACGCGCGGCUGGGGGCUGCGCGGCGCCGCCUCGCACGAGGGCAUCCCCGAGGGCAUCCCCGAGGGCAGCGGCAGCGGCAGCGGCAUCACGCGACGCUCCCCGACAAAGUCGACAGAGAGUGGCGACGCAACAGUGCCGGUGGCAGUGUACGAGCGCAAGAUCCGCUACCGCGUCCCGUUCGCGAUUCCGGCGUUCGUCAUCGCGGCCGUGACGCUGGGCGUGCUCGUGGCCUUGCUGGUGCUGCUCGGCCUGCGGCGCACGGGUCUUGCCCGGUUGAAGCUGUUCCUGGAGGGCACCUCCGUGGGCCGGGUGCUGGCCGUGCUGCUGUUUGAGAUUGAUACCGCGGAUGCGGGGUGGAUGCAAGCUGUCCGUGAGAAGAGGGUGCAGAUCACACGCGAGAGCGUCGCUGUCGAAGAGGAGAGUUUAUUACACCAGGCUGCGAAGUGA